CGCGAUUUAACCAGGACAAAAGCUUCGGCGCGUCAUGUUGGACAGACCAGCUUUGAGAUCGAUGGACUGGUUUUGAAAUCGUUUUGGGGAAAACACGGUCCUUUGGCGCAGCUCUCACGAUGGAACUCACGAUGGAGAACAUGCACGGCGUUGCGUCGCACGCGGGGGACAUGAUGAAUUCCUCGCACGGCAGACCCUCGUCGGCGUCCCACCGGGGCUUGGUUACCCACGGGCGCUCGGCGAUGGUGUCCAGCAUGGCUUCGAUCCUGGAGGGAGCCGGUGAGUACCGGAGCGACCCCGCGCUGUCGGGCCACCUGCAUCCCGCUAUGACCAUGUGCGAGUCGGGCAUGAGUUUGUCCAAUACUUACACCACCCUCACGCCGCUUCAGCACCUGCCACCGAUCUCUACAGUCUCAGAUAAGUUCCACCACGCGCAUCCGCACUCGCAUCACCACCACGCCGCGCACCAGCGCCUCGCCACCGGGAACGUCAGCGGGAGUUUCACUCUCAUGCGCGACGACCGCGGCCUGGCGUCCAUGGGCAACUUAUACAGCCACUAUCCCAAAGAGAUGUCGGGCAUGGGCCAGCCGUUAACCCCGCUCUCCAACGGCCUCGGUCCUCUGCACAACUCCCAACAAGCGCUGUCUGCCUACGGGCCCGGCGCGCACCUCCCCAACGACAAGAUGCUCUCUCCAAGCGGCUUCGAGUCCCACGCGGCGAUGCUUUCCCGGAGCGAGGAGCAUCUCGCGCGGAGUUUAGGCGGACACGGGCACGGCAUGAUCUCUAAUCUCAACGGGAUGCACCCACACAGCCACCUGCACUCGCAGGGGAACGGAUCCAUGCUGGCGGACAGAGAGCGGCACGGCGGCGGCGGGAGCGCGCACAGCGGAGGCUCGGGGCAGGUGGACGAGAUCAACACCAAAGAGGUAGCGCAGAGGAUCACGGCCGAGCUCAAGCGAUACAGCAUACCUCAAGCUAUCUUCGCGCAGAGGAUCUUGUGUCGGUCCCAGGGAACUCUGUCGGAUCUGCUGCGCAACCCGAAGCCCUGGAGUAAACUCAAGUCCGGCCGCGAGACUUUCAGACGCAUGUGGAAAUGGUUACAGGAACCAGAGUUUCAGAGGAUGUCCGCGUUACGGCUUGCAGCCUGCAAAAGAAAGGAACAGGAGCAGCACAAAGACAGAAACAUGGUGCCCAAGAAGCAGCGCCUGGUCUUCACCGACCUUCAGCGGCGAACGCUCAUCGCCAUCUUCAAGGAGAACAAGCGGCCCAGCAAAGAGAUGCAGAUCACCAUCUCGCAGCAGCUGGGCCUGGAGCUCUCCACCGUCAGCAACUUCUUCAUGAACGCACGCCGCAGAUGCGUGGACCGCUGGCAGGACGAGCACGCGGUCAGUCCCGGGCCCGGCCCCUCGGGGACCACUUUCUCCAAGGCUUGAGCGUCUCGGAUGCGGAGAAACCUGGUCCAGAUGCAACAUCUGAGCAGCAGCAGCAGCUGAUGAUGAUCUACGGCGCACAUCAAACCUCACAAACCUCUUCGGUGCACGGCGGAUGUGGAUGAAUCAUUUGCAUUAGUUAUUUUAAUUCAUUAGUCCUGUGUGUCUUUCUCCUCGUGGAUACUUCAGUCAUUCCCCCACCUGUGCUUGAUAUUUGAGCUAAGACAUCUCUCAUCUCAGUCUCUGGAUUGGUCGAGCAGAAUAAUUCUCUCUCUCAUAGAGCAGCAGAUAGAAGGAAAAGAAGGCAAUACGUAUUUUAGCACACGACCCUUAGUUCUCGACUCCUUGACCUUUGACCUGUCCUUGACACAUCAGGAUGUUUAAACAUGUAUCACGGUAGCUUCUCAAAUCACGUGUCUCGCCGUCUCAGUCUGUACUUUCACUGCCAGCGUGGCGCCUUGUUCUUGCUCCAGCACAAUGAUAAAGGGAUGCAAAGAAUCAAUCAGUCCUCUGUAUUGGCCCCUAAAGAAUCAUUUUACCGUAGGGGUCUUACAGAGGGCUUCAUCUGCACAGAGCAAUGGCGCCACCUCCUGGAAGACCCCAGAAACACACACUUCAUCUGCUGCA